CCACUUCCUCCCCUCACAUCACACACAACCCCUCUCUCUCUCUCUCUCUCGCUUCUUGUUCACUUUCUCUCUCUAAAAGCUUGAAGCACAAGCAUACAAAUUUGAUAUACAUAUAUAUUAUAUAUAUAUACAUAUAUGGUUUGAUGUGUAUGUAUAGGCUUUCGGUUUGAACUUUGAAGGCUUUGAGCUCUGUGAGUUGAUCAGUAAUGGCGACGGCGCCAGUGAAGCCGCCGCUGCACAACUUCCCUCUCGCAUUCUUGAAAUGGGGGGCGAAGAACAACUCGACCACCAACAACAACCACCGCUACCGCCGACCCGUCUCCGCCGAACCCGCCUCCGAGCCCGACUCCGAAUCCGAACGCACCCACCACAACAACAGCCGGGUCGGAUCCUCCCGCGCAGCCCGCCACCGCUACUCCUUGAUCCCGUGCGCUGGCGACAAGCGUCGCAGGAGCGAAGAGAGAGAGAGCGAUCAGGAGGAGGGCGAGGAAGCUGACAAAACCGAGGUAGUUCAGAAGCCCUGGAAUCUGAGGCCCAGGAGAGCUCCGGCGACGACGUCGUUUUCCAAGGGAGGUGCCAACGGUGAACCGCACGAACUGGAGAGUCCGAACCCGAACCAGAGCGAGCUGCAGCAGCCGAAGUCGAUGAGGUUGAGGGGUUUGGCGGCGGAGGGGCAGAAUGUGGAGAAGAAGGAGAAGAGGAAGUUCUGGAUCGCUUUGUCGAAGGAGGAGAUUGAAGAGGACAUAUUUGUGAUGACUGGGUCGAGGCCUGCCAGAAGGCCCAAGAAGCGGCCGAAGAAUGUUCAGAAACAGCUCGAUACUACUUUUCCGGGGUUGUGGUUGGUGGGUGUUACUGCGGAUGCUUACAAGGUUGCUGAUUCUCCUUCUAAGAGGUAGAUUUGUAUUGUGCCCAGAAGAUUGUGACUUUGUUGAAACUUCGUAAAUGGAAAAGGCAGCUGCCCCUGUGGCGUGGCCCUCAAUUUAGAGGUAUUAUGCCCUGAAUUUUUACAAAAGAAGAUUUGGAAUUACCCUAUAGAAGGCAAAACAAAAAUAUAUAAGAGGAAAGAAGGAGAAAAUUUAUCUAAUUUCCCUUUUUUUAGUUGUAGUUUUUUUUUCUCGGUCAUUUUGUAUUGCUCAUUGGGGGCAGGAUGCAGGGUCGAUCUAGUUGCUUUACAUUGAUGUAGUUCCAAUAUGUAAAGACGGAGUUUAUGUAUAUAUAUGUACAUGAUAUAGAAUCAAUUUCAGACCUUGUUAAUGGUAUUAGCUUGUUAGGCUUGUGGGAGAUUCAUUGUGUUUUCUUUCGUUUUCUAUAAAUGAUUCUGAUUAUUUACAACGUUUGACAGACUUCCCUACAUCAUUUGGGGGGGGCGCAGAGUUUCGCAUAGUUUGCAAACCCCAUUUCUUUACAGGGUUUAUUGACUGCAUGCUUCCUUGUUCUGGAAGACCUCCUCAGUUCAGUUGAGCCGACAAACCUUAUGAGGUUGAAUGUGAAGUGUUACCUUGCAUCUACAUGUUUCAUCUUUUAACUUUCUUUUCAUGUUUCACGCUGAUUCUUGUAGUUAUUUCUAGUUUUGCAUACAGAUUAGCAAAUAGGUUAUACAUAUAGGUUUGCAUUUACUGUUUAGCCAUCUAAUGAUUUGAUAUCUAAUAUUUAGGCAUGUGGGAAUUUAUAGAUGUACC